AUGCUAAGAAAUAAUUCUAUCUGGACAUUAGGAAGUGCCUUGAUAUUGGGAGCAGUUCUCGGUUGGGGAUCUGCCUCUUGCAAUGUAAGAAAAAACCCACCAGAGUUCCUUUUCCCGAAGUCAUCCACUACAAAGCUUCAAGACCUUAAGGCUCCAAAAUAUGGAGAUGCCGAGAAGGCUAUUGAAGAAAUAGCCAAAUUAUUGGGAAAGAACAAAAUCAGCAGAACUAAGGAUAGCCUAGAUCAUCAUAGUGAUGCUUACUUUUCAAGUGACCAUCCGACUGAAGAUCAACGACCAGUUGCAGUCAUUUAUCCGGAAACUACAGAGGAAGUGUCUCUUAUUAUGAAGAUAUGCCAUAAAUACAGAGUAGCAGUUGUACCAUUCAGUGGAGGUACUUCUCUUGAGGGUAAUUUUAUCCCUACAAGAAAGGGUAUUUGCGUUGACCUCAAGAAGAUGGAUAAAGUUCUUGAGCUUCAUCAAGAGGAUUUGGAUGUCAGCGUGCAGGCUGCAUUGGGAUGGCAGAAAUUAGCACAGUAUUUGAAUGACUACAAUUUAUUGUUUGGUCCAGAUCCGGGUCCUGGUGCAUGCAUUGGAGGAAUGGCAAGUACUUCUUGCUCCGGCCCUAAUGCUGCUAGAUGGGGUACGAUGAAGGAGAAUGUGAUUAGUUUGACCGUGGUACUUGCUGACGGUACCAUAAUCAAGACCAAGAAAAGGCCUAGAAAAUCUGCUGCAGGUUACAAUUUGAACGGAUUGUUCAUCGGAAGUGAGGGUACUUUGGGUAUCAUUACAGAAGCAACUUUGAAGCUUAACGUUAAACCUAAAGUUGAAAAUGUAGCCGUUGUGUCGUUCCCUAACAUCUCGGCUGCAGGUUCAGCCGUUGCCGGAUUCAUUCAAGAGGGUGUUCAGUUGGAUGCCAUGGAAUUACUUGAUGAUAAAAUGAUUCACUAUGUUAACGUUUCUGGUAAGACAUCUAUGAAGUAUGACGAAGCUCCAACUUUGAUGUUGAAAUUUGGCGGUUUGUCAGAGGAAGCUGUCCAAUCUCAAAUUAAGUCGGUCCAGGCCAUUUGCCAAAGAAAUAAGAAUACCGAUUUCAAGUUUGCUAAGUCGGAGAAGGAGAAAGCAGAGUUAUGGAAUGCUAGGAAAGUUGCUUUGCUAGCUACCAUUGACUAUGGUAAAAAGUAUAUUGACAAAGAUAUACAAGUGUGGGCUACAGAUGUUGCAGUCCCAAUUUCUAAACUUUGUGACUGCUUACAGGAGACUAAAGAUGAGAUGGUAAAGGUGGGGCUUGCUGGUGCUAUUGUGGGCCAUGUUGGAGAUGGUAACUAUCACGCUAUGAUUCUUUUCAAGAAGGAAGAUAGAGAAAAAACUGCAAAAGUUGUUCAGCACAUGAUCGACAGGGCCUUAGCUGUGGACGGUACUGUUACAGGAGAGCAUGGUGUAGGCUGGGGUAAGAAGCCUUAUUUGUUAGAGGAAGUGACUCCGGAUGUGAUUGAUUUGAUGAGAAAAAUCAAAAUGGCCUUGGAUCCUUACAGACUUUUGAAUCCCGAUAAGGUGUUUGCCAUUGAUCCCAAUGAUGAUUCAACAAUUUAG